AUGCACAACUACGGCGACGCGUGGUUUGAGAAUCUCAACAACCAGCGGGAGCAGUUCGAGCAGUACCAAGCUGCACAUCAACCGCAUAACUACGGAGCUGCUUGGUUUGAAAAUCUCAAUGAACAGAGAAUGCAGUACGAGUCGCAACACCAACCGCACAAUUACGGCGACGCGUGGUUUGAGAAUCUGAACAACCAGAGGGAGCAAUACGAAUCAGCACACCAACCGCACAACUACGGAGCUGCGUGGUUCGAGAACCUCAAUGAACAGAGAGUGCAGUUUGAACAAUACCAGGCCGCACACCAACCGCACAACUAUGGCGCUUCUUGGUUCGAGAAUCUCAACAACCAGAGACUACAGUUUGAGCAAUACCAGGCCGCACACCAACCGCACAACUACGGCGCCUCGUGGUUCGACAACUACGAGCAAAUGUGGAAGCAAUGGCAAGACUCCAAGAAAGGUGGACGUGCCUGA